UUGACAUUUGAUUAGUCGCCGACGAACCUUAUCGGAGAAAGGAGCCUAGAAAGAUGACUUCAACAGAUCCAAUUCGGUUGGCUUUCUUCAGGAGUCCCUGGCCCACCCUUGGAGCGCUGGCAGCCUAUCUGCUGUUCGUUCUAAAGUUGGGUCCCAAGCUCAUGGACAGUCGAAAGCCCUUUGAACUGCGCGGCGUGAUCAAGGCUUAUAACAUCAUCCAAAUCGUCUACAAUAGUGCGUUGUUCGUAUUAGUGUGCUAUGUCGUCUAUAAUUUCUACGACUGGAGGUGCCCCUUAUCCCUACCCUGGGACCAUGAGGGCAAAGAUAUAGAGCGACUUUUUGCCAACGCGUACUACAUCAACAAGUACUUAGAUCUGGUGGAAACGGUGUUCUUUGUGCUGCGCAAGAAGAGCAGACAGAUAUCCUUCCUGCACGUCUUCCACCAUGUGGCAGUGAUCCUGGCCUCUUACCUCACCCAGACCCUGUAUGAUCAUGGGGGACUUGUGGCCUGGAUGGUUGUCCUUAAUCUGAUUGUACACGCGUGUAUGUACACUUAUUACCUCCUGUCCUCCAUAAGCCCGGAAGUUCAGAAGGCGAGCCUCUGGUGGAAGAAGUACAUCACCACGAUCCAGCUCAUCCAGUUCGCUUUAAUCAUGCUCCAUAUGAUCGACAUGCUUAUGCAGAGCGACUGCAAAGCUCCACGACCAGGGAUCUAUGCCUUUGGAUUCCUGUACUCGGCCUUGACUGUGAUGUUCUCCAAGUUUUACUAUCAGUCGUACAUAAGUCCCAGCCAGAAAAAUGCGAAGCGGUCCUCAUAAGGACCUUCCGCGUAGCCACAAAAUUUUUCCAUUCAAAAGAAACAAAUUUAAGCCAAAAAGAAAACAGCAAAAUGUCAUGUUAGAUCGGAUAUAAGUAAGUUCAUAAAUAUUACAUUACUACUAUUGUUUGUGUGGAAUAUCACUUAUCCGCACUCGCUGCCUGCUGCUGCUGAGCAGCACUUACCGGCGCCUUGAAGCCCAUUAGCGGGCACAAUUGAUUCCACUGGGGACGCACCUCCACCGGUCUCGGAAAGCAUUUUUAGGAUCUCAUCCAUAUUAUCCUUGGGUACUUCGGUGACAGCUCCAUGCAGGGUCAGGGCUUCGUAUAAUUUGGUAGCAACCGUUUUCGCUUCUGAAUAAUAUUGUUAAUGUACAUUAGUCUAAUACUUUAAAUAUAAUACAUAUUUUUUAAUUCUCAUUCAUUUUA